GAGCGAUAGGGUGAUCUAGGGUUUCUUGUGCGCUUCGGAGGUUCCCCUCCGUUCUCUGGUUCUUUCUCUCUCUGCACUUCGGCUCUCUUUUUUUUUUUUUCUUUUUCUUUUUAUUGUUUUAAGCUUUUUUUAGGGUUUGGAUAUUUGUUUCUUUUUUAGGGUUUGGAUCUUUGUUUCUUGGAAUCCAUGGCUUCUGCAGAUGUUGAAUUCCGCUGCUUCGUAGGUGGUCUCGCAUGGGCCACCGAUGAUAAGGCUCUUGAUAAGGCCUUCAGUGCUUAUGGCGAUGUUAUCGAAUCAAAGAUAAUUAGUGACAGGGAGACUGGCCGCUCCCGAGGCUUCGGUUUUGUCACAUUCAGCAACGAGCAAUCCAUGCGUGAUGCAAUUGAGGGAAUGAAUGGGCAGACUCUCGAUGGUCGCAACAUUACUGUGAAUGAGGCUCAGUCGAGAGGCAGCGGUGGUGGCGGCGGCGGAUUCCGAAGUGGUGGUGGUGGUGGCUAUGGGCGCAGAAGUGAUGGUGGUGGCUAUAACCGUGACAGUGGCUAUGGAAAUCGUGAAGGUGGUGGUGGCGGUGGCGGUUAUAGCCGUGGUGGUGGUGGUUCCCGCUAUUCUUCAAGGAGCGGUGGUGCUCCUGAAGGUAGCUGGAGGAACUAGAUUAAGUGAUUAGGUAGGGUUUGGUUAUGUGAGUUGUUAUAGACUCUGGUUUACAUUGUUAGGGUUUGGUUUGGUUUUUGUGGGAAGGAAGAUGAUAUCAUGGUGGUGAUGGCGGUUGGGGGUGUUGGUGUUGGUUUGGUGUGGUGCCUGUUUUUUUGAUCUGGUUACUGGUUACUCAGCAAGACUUCUCAUAUAUAUAUAUAUAUAUAUAUAUGCAAUGUUACUACUUUGUGGACCUCCAUUAUUUUGUGGUUCUCAUAAUGGGUUUGUAUUUUGUAGUGCAUAAGCUCAAACAUGGUAAGUAUAAAUGGUUUAAAGUAGAAUCAAAUUAA